AUGAAUCGCUUCUUGUUCUUUCAAUUGAAAAACAACAAGACUUGGUCAGCUACUACUACCACUCGUACUACUCCGACUGCUACUACUACUCCAAAGAGUUUACAUCCUCGUCAUCACCUUCCUGAUGGACUCUUCCUCAUCGGAAAAAGUUCCUUGACCUCUUCUUCCCAACUAGUCUUGUCAAGAACUCUGAACCAUUCCUUCUCCUCAUCCUUCUCAUCAUUACAUUCCCAUCAGACAUUAGAUUAUCAUACUUGUACUUUCUCUAAAAAGAAAUCAAAUUCUUCCUUUAAAUCUCUUCUUCUCAAAGAUGAUAAAAUUUCUCCACUCGAUCAACAACUUCUCAAAACGCACAUUAAAAAUUAUAAAAAAAUUCAAAAACAACAAUUAAAAAUUCAAGAAAAAGAAUCAAAAAAGAAACAACGUGAUCAUCAAUUUGAUAAACAAUUAAGUCGAUUAGGAUUAAAAAGAGAUCAAUUACAAUUAGGAAAAUUAACAGCAGAAGAUUAUGAAUAUUUAAUGAAACAUCAAGUCAAAGACAUGAAUUUAAUGACAAAUUCAACAACAACUCCUCUCACACUUUCUUCUUUAAUUGGUAACAAAUUAAAAGAUAAAUCCUCUCUUGAAAGAAAACAUUAUAGAUUUUCAAUUAUUGUAAAAAGAACAUUGGAUCAAAUAUUAAGUGAUCGAACAAUUAAUAAGGAUGAAAGAUUAAGAACUCAAAUUAGAAUUACAAAUGUUCAUAUUGGAAAUGAUCAAAGAACCAUUUAUGUGAAAUGGAUGAGAUUGAAAGGAUUUUUACAUGCUCAAGAUCAUUCGGAUGCUAUUACUUUGAAAGAUGAUUUGGAUUAUGAAUUAAAGAGGAUGAAUCCACAACAAGGAAUGUAUUCACCACCACAAGAUGAUGAUUCAUCAUUGAUGGAUCACGAAAAUUCCUCUCCUGAAAUUUAUCAUUUAGAAAAAUUGAAUCAUUUAUUAACCACAGCUUCUGGAUUUCUCACUUCUCAUCUCACACAAGCAUUGGGAUUGAAAUAUGCUCCUAAAUUAAUCUUUUCACCUAUUGUGACCAAUGUACAAGAAUUGGAAUAUGCACCACCUUCCAUUCAACAAAAAUAUGAAUCCAUUUUGGAAUUGAAAAGAACCUAUGAACUUGUGAAUGGAUGUGAAUGUGAUCCCAUGCAAUUAGUAGUUGAGCAAUUGGAAUGUGAUGAAUUCAUGGCAGAUCAACCACUUGAAAAGAAGAAGAAGAACUCAACACAGCAGUGUAACAAUUCACAACAGCAAAAGAACAACAAGUAUGUAAGACGAAGAAGACCAUUAUCACCCUUUACUUUUUAA